AGCAGCUUCAGCAACUAUAACGACCACUGCAGCAACGUGUCGGCGACAGCAACGACAACAACUACAACUAUACGGCAGCGUCGGCGAAGCAGAUAAGUCAAUUUUAAGAUAUUUUAAUUUAAUUAAAUUAAGAAAAUGUUGUCCGCACAAACGAUUGCCCUUAUUAAAAGGCAAGUCGAAAUCACACUAAGUAGUAAGGAGUUACUGGAACUCCCAAGUUUAACCUUUGAAUAUCUAAAAACGUUUGACGCACUUAAAGCCGAGUGUAUAAAUAAUCACUCGGCUCUUAUGAAAAUUGGAGUAAUCGAUCACGAUUACUUCAAAAAUAAGCAUUUUGAGCAGAUGAUGUUAGGGUUCGAGAAAAUUAAGACACGCAUAGACGAGACUUUAGACCGAACAGAUCAAAUAAAGUUAGACUCAGGCGCAGAUAACAGCAGAGAAAUUAAAAAAUAUCAAAUAGGUAACUCUAGCAGACUGGAAAAGGCUAUAGAUCAAUUGAAUAAAUACUUGAAAGAAACAUUUGAUGACAUUAAAGAAAAUAAAUGGAAUUCAUUUGAGAUUAGGAUUGAAAAAUUGGAUUUUUAUUGGAAGAAGCUUGUUGCUUUAAAGGAAGUCGAAAUGACUGAUGUCACAGAUAGGAGGUUUGAUGAUAUUCUAGAUGAACUAGAAUUUGAUAUUAUUACAGUCACGAAUAAUAUGAAAAAGAAAAUUCUUAAUGUGCCUAGUAAAGUAGAAGGCACAAGUCAAAAAAUUGACGAGUUGCCGACUCUACCUAAAAUACAAGUACCCACAUUCUUUGGGGACUCCAAAGAUUGGGACUUAUUUUAUGAGUUAUUCACUGAACUCAUACAUUUAAGGGAGGACCUAAGUCCUACCUUAAAAUUUAAUUAUUUGAAAAUCUCACUUAAGGGAGAAGCCCGGAAUGUGGUUUCUCACUUAUUGUUGGGAUCAGGGGAUAAUUACGAGGCCGCUUGGGAAUUGUUAACCAAGCGGUACGAAAAUAAACGGAAAAUAUUUUCCGAUCAAUUGAAUCGCCUUCUUGAGCUUCAAUGUUUAAAUGUUGACUCAGCCAGGCAAUUGAGAGUGUUUAUUGACACAAUUAAUGAGUCAAUUCACAUGAUUAAAUUAAAGGCACAACUAUCCGAUGAAGUGGAUAUUAUCUUUGCACACAUUAUAAUUAAAAAAUUUAAUAAAGAAGCUCUACAAUUAUAUGAGAGCCAUGCAAAAAAAACAAAGGAAAUACAAAUAUUGUCCGACGUCACAGAAUUUUUAGAGCAACGACUAAGUUCGAUAAGCUCGCUUCAGGAUGAAAAACCUGUUAAAAGAAAUAUAUUUAGUAACAAUUCAAAAGAAUUGUUCACAAAUAGUUGUCCCAUUUGCAAAGGUGUGGGACACACUAUAAUUUAUUGUCAUAAAUUUAAAGCGUUAAAUCCAUCAGAAAGGAUGGAAAAGGUUAAGAAAGCUUUCUUAUGUUUUAGAUGUCUAAAACACCCAUAUAAUAAAAAAUGCACUAGCGAAGUAACGUGUUCGCUGUGCAAAAGAAAUCACCAUAGCAUGCUACAUAUAAACUUUAAACAAAAUAGUGAAAAGGUGAACACUUGUAUGACGUCGGAGCAGGCUUUAUUAGCAACUGCACGAAUUAAAAUAAAAUCUUCUCAAGGAAAUUUUGAAAAUUUUAGAGCUUUGAUUGACAGCGGGUCACAAAGCACAAUUAUUUCAGAAGAAUCAGCACAGAUUCUGAAGUUAAACAGAGUUAGAGCUCAAACAGAGAUCAGUGGAGUUUCGUCCACAGGAAAGUGCAUCUCCAAGCACAAAGCUAUUAUUGAGAUUAAAACCCAAAAUUCUCAAAAAACGUUGAAAAUUGAAGCUUUAAUACUUCCCAAGCUUAUGAAGGCUCUUCCAGUCAGCACAGUUAAUGUUGACAAAGAAAAAUGGGAGAGCUUCCAUUUAGCUGACCCCGAUUUUGAUAAACCAGGUCGUAUUGAUCUAAUUGUUGGAGCAGACUUAUACACUCACAUAAUACAAAAUGGAGUUGUAAAAAUAAAUGGGCUGCUUGGGCAAAAAACUGCUUUCGGGUGGAUUGUUUCAGGAUGUAAAAAAUCCAAAGGAAACAAAACAAUCGUAGCAACAACGAUUGCACUAAAAGAUUUAGAUCGAUAUUGGGAAGUAGAGGAAGAAGACAAAAAUGAUAUCGAAUCUGAGUUUUGUGAAAAUAAUUUCACAAAAACAACAAAAAUAGACUCAGAUGGGCGAUACAUAGUGUCAAUUCCUUUUAAACAAGAUGUCACCUUAGGAGAUUCAAGGAAGCAAGCUACGGCACGUUACAUGAAUCUGGAAAAUAAAUUAAAUAAAAAUGAAAAAUUAAAGGUUGACUAUACUAAAUUCAUGAAUGAAUAUAUGGAUUUAGGUCAUAUGGUUGAAGUGCAGGAUGAAGGAAAGUAUUUCUUACCACACCAGGCAGUGAUAAGAGAUUCAAGCCUGACAACCAAACUAAGGGUAGUUUUUGAUGCUUCAGCAAAAACUACUAACAAUAAAAGUUUGAACGAUAUAAUGUGGGUUGGGCCACGAGUUCAAAAAGAUAUUUUUGACAUUAUCAUCAAAUGGAGAAAAUGGGAAUUCGUUGUAUCAGCGGACAUUGAAAAAAUGUACCGUCAAAUAAAAAUAAAUGAAGAUGACCAAAAAUAUCAAUAUAUUUUAUGGAGGAAUUCUCCAGAUCAAAAAAUUAAAAAUUAUAAGUUAACAACAGUUACUUACGGUACUGCAUCUGCACCAUAUCUAGCUACAAGAGUUUUAGUAGAUAUUGCAGAUAAAUGCCAAAACCAAACCGUAAGUGAAAUAAUUAGGAAUGAUUUCUAUAUGGAUGACCUAAUGACUGGAGCUGAUUCGUUAAAAGAAACAAAUACCUUGAUAAAAUUAAUUUCACUGGAACUACAAAAGGUGGGACUUAAUUUAAGGAAAUGGAUUUCCAAUAAUGUUGAAAUAUUGUCAACUGUGGAGGACACAGGUGAUAAUAAGGUGCUCAGUAUUGUUGAAAAUGAGAGUGUAAAAACUUUGGGACUCAAAUGGGAACCUCAAAAUGAUUUGUUCAAAUUUAAUUUAAAUUGCACUGAAUCCAAGGUCACUAAUAAAAGGGUAGUGUUAUCAAAACUAUCCAAAAUAUAUGAUCCAUUAGGAUGGUUGGCACCAGUCACUAUUUUGGGAAAACUUUUUAUUCAAAAACUUUGGAUAAAUAAAAGUGAAUGGGAUCAGGAGUUAUCUAAUGAAGAUAAGAGUGAUUGGGAAAAAUAUAAAGAAAAUUUAUUAUGCUUAGAAAAUAUUCGAAUCCCAAGAUGGAUAAAUUCAAAUAAUGAUUCAAUUAUACAGAUUCACGGAUUUGCUGACGCCUCCGAAAAGGCAUAUGCUGCAGUAGUGUAUGCCAAAUGCAUACAUAAAUAGAUUCAUUAAAAUAAAAACAAAGAAUGAAUUAUAUCCAUCUUUUCUAUCAGUAAGGGAAUUGAAACUAGCUGAAAGGAUUGUUAUUAAAAAACAACAGGAAUAUCAAUUCAGUCUAGAGAUUAAAUGCCUGAAAACAAACAAAGAAAUUAACACAAAGAAUAGAAUAUUGUCCUUGAAUCCCUUUCUGGAUAAGGAUGGAGUACUUAGAGUGGGAGGUAGAUUGCGAAACUCAAAUGCAGAAUUUGAAGUUAAACACCCUAUCAUAUUAGAAAAGUGCUACCUAACAAACUUAUUAAUAAAAAAUGCUCAUAUGGAAACAUUGCAUGGAGGGAUAAACAUAAUGCAAAAUUAUAUUCAAAGAAAGUAUUGGAUUUUCGGUUUGAAGAAUUCCCUGAAAAAGUAUUUGAGACAAUGUGUAAAGUGUGCAAGGUACAGGCAAAAUACAGCUCAGCAAAUAAUGGGCAAUUUGCCAAAGUGUAGAAUUACGAUGUCAUUUCCAUUUUUAAAUACUGGAAUAGAUUACGCAGGUCCUUAUUUUGUUAAAUGUUCGAAAAAUCGGGGACAAAAAACAUUUAAAGGAUACGUUGCCGUAUUUGUCUGUAUGGCUACCAAAGCCAUACAUUUAGAAAUGGUAAGUGAUCUAACUUCUGAUGCAUUCUUAGCAGCACUCAGACGAUUCAUUGCUAGACGAGGGAAAUGUGCCAAUAUCUAUUCAGAUAACGGGACAAAUUUUGUAGGAGCUGCAAGAAAAUUAGAUCAGGAGUUGUAUAAAGCAAUCCAAGAAAAUAUAAUGAUUGCAGCACAGCUGGAAAAGAAUAGGAUUGAUUGGCAUUUUAUUCCCCCGGCAGGACCUCACUUCGGAGGUAUUUGGGAAGCUGGGGUUAAAUCAAUGAAAUACCAUUUAAAAAGAGUAAUCGGCGACACUAGUUUGACAUACGAAGAAAUGUCUACGCUUUUAUGUCAAAUAGAAGCAUGCUUAAAUUCAAGACCAUUAUAUACUGUAGUAAAUGAAAUGGACCAAGAUGAGGUCUUAACACCAGGUCAUUUUUUGAUUGGAAGACCUCCCUUAGAAAUCGUCGAAACAACGGAAGAUGAAAGAAUCGGAAAUUUGGACAGGUGGAGACUUAUCCAAAAAAUGAAAAAAGAUUUCUGGGGAAAAUGGAAAAAUGAGUAUUUGCAUACACUUCAGCAAAGAAACAAAUGGAAAAGGGAAAGUCCUAAUGUAGAAGAGGGACAAAUUGUGCUAUUGAAGGAUGAAAAUUGUCAUCCAGCAAGAUGGCCUUUAGGGAAGGUGAAAAAAAUCCAUAAGGGGAAUGAUGAUAGAGUCCGAGUAGUUGAGAUAAAAAUGCAAGAAGGAUUUAUCACAAGACCCAUUACUAAAAUUUGUCCCUUGGAAGGAAUAAAGUCUGUUGACAAAAAUGAGGCUGACCCUGAGCUAAAAAGACAAACUAGAGCAACAUCAAAGAUGUCCAAGAUCGGGUUUGUCAUGGCAAUGUUGCUAUUUAUAUUGAGUUGUCAAUUUUCUAACGCAUUGCCUAAUAAUGGAAAACCAAAAUAUACAAUAGAGAAAAUGAAUAAGACGUCAGCAAUAUAUCUUGAUCCAAUGGGCGACGUUGAGAUCGUAUCCUCCUCUUGGAAUUUGGUAAUUUACUAUGAUAUGGAGGUUUAUUUUGAAAUGUUAAAAAAGGGGAAACAAUUAGUUCCAAAAAUGAGAGUGGUUUGCGAAAAACUCUAUGGGUUCGAAGAUCAGUGUCUUUUAGUUUUAAAUAAUACAGAAAGACAAAUUUUGGACUUGGAAGAGAAUAAUAAACUCUUCAUGGCUCAAGGGAAGUCUAGAAACAGACGAGCUCCCUUUGCUUAUAUGGGAUCCCUAUAUCACAUAUUAUUUGGGAUAAUGUAUGAGGAUGAUAGGAUUCAAAUGGAAGAUAAUAUGAGAAAUUUGGUAAGCAAUCAGAAUAGCCUGAAUUAG